GCCAGACGUAAAUAUAAAGCAUAUUAUAUCUGGCAUUGAGAUUGUGCUUUGUUUGAAUUCUAUUUUUUAUUUUUUUUUAACAAGCGACAACACCGUGUGCUAUAAAUCAAUCUUCCCAAGUCCAAGCUAGGGUUCAUCUGUAUAUGAUGGUAUUACACAACGGGGCUUACGAUUACCCAGAAGACAUCCAGCUAAACGAGUACGACCCUUUAAAUGAAGCCUUUUUGUACCCCCAGACACCCCCAGACGCUGCACCUCCCGACUACUCCGAACCCCUUGAUGCUUUGAAAAGCAGCGCAGCCUCUCAUCCUCAACCGACUGCGGGUCUUCCGUACAGCACAACAUUAAACUCCUCGGGAAAGCUCGGUGGGGCGAGACUUCUCUACUUCACAUCCGUCUUUGUGAGCUUGGGUGUGUUCCUCUUUGGCUAUGACCAAGGGGUUUACUCCGGAAUCAUCACGUUUCCCGCCUUCCAAAAGUACUUCCGCCAUCCCUCCAGUGCCCAGAUCGGAAUGGUAGUGUCUGUGUUAGAGCUCGGUGCGCUUAUCCUGUCGCUCACCGUGGGAUACAUGGCGGACCGCUGGGGUCGCAAGCGAACGAUUCUCCUUGGCGCAGGGGUUUUCAUCGCGGGCGGGGCUGUUCAGACAUUUACUGGCCGCUCCAUUCUUCUGUUGGUCCUCGGCCGUGUGGUUUCUGGCCUUGGGGUGGGACUUUUGUCGUCUGUGAUUCCGCUCUACCAAUCGGAGAUCAGUCCUUCCCACGCGAGAGGACGCUUAGCCUGUGUGGAAUUCACGGGCAACAUCUGUGGCUAUGCUGCCUCGGUGUGGAUAGACUACAGCUGUACUUUUAUCAACCAAAACAGCAACUUGGUUUGGAGGGUGCCCUUGUUUAUCCAGUGUGUUUUGGGACUACUCUUGUUUGCGGGGGCGUUUUUCAUCGUUGAGUCUCCCAGAUGGUUGAUCGGGAAAAACGACGCCCAUGGGUACCUGGUUUUGCGCUUGUUGUAUGCCGAUUCGCCGGAAACCGCUGAAAGGGAAUUCCAUUCCAUCAAGGAAGCUAUUCUAAGGGAACAGACUCUCUCCCCACCCGAACAGCGUUCCUACCGUGCCAUGUUUCGUACUCACUUUAGACGCCUUGUGGUUGGCUGUUCGGCCCUUCUGUUGGCGCAGUUGAACGGGAUUAAUAUUAUCUCAUAUUACGCCCCAUUAGUCUUUGCGGAGGCCGGCUUCAAAGGCAAUGACGCCCUUUUUAUGGCCGGAGUCAACGCUCUUGUCUACCUCGCAUCCACGAUCCCGCCGUGGUUUUUGGUUGACAGGUGGGGCCGGCGCCCGAUCUUCAUUUCCGGCGCCCUCACCAUGGGAACGUGCCUCUUUCUUAUCUCUCUCGCAAUGUGGAUGGGAGGAAAAUCUACCCCCACGUUCGUGGCCCUUCUCGUAGUGGUCUACAACGCCGCGUUUGGGUACUCGUGGGGUCCCAUUGGAUGGUUGUAUCCCGCGGAGAUCUAUCCCUUGAGCAUUAGAGCCAAGGGUGUGAGCUUGUCUACCGCAUGCAACUGGUUGUUCAACUUUAUUGUCGGCCAGAUGACACCGAUUCUUCAGGAAACCAUUAGCUGGAGGCUUUAUUUAAUCCCCGGGGUGUGCUGUCUCGUCAGUGCUGUGGUGGUAUUUCGGUACUUUCCAGAGACCAAGGGAGUGGACUUGGAGGAGGUUGGUUCGUUGUUUGACGGGUAUUGAUGGACUAUCCGAGUUAUCCAAUAUUAUAUUAUAUAGGCUCAAAGGUGUCGGAUACAUUCGUAAGCCGCCUAGAUAGCAGCUAUACGUGAGAACCCGCGAUGCUCUGCUUACGGACUAAUUCCUCACGUAUAGUUUGAAUUUGAAAUGGUGCUUGGCCAAGUCGUCAAGAGCUGUGGGCCAACUGCCUCCUAUUAACAUAUACACCCCCAAUAUCAUUACUUAAUGGCACUAAAACCCAUAGAAUCAUUUGGUUUGGCGAUCGCAAAGACCGUAGCACAAUUAGUUCGAGUUAUUCCACCUACAGA